AUGGCUCGCCAGAAGACGUUGCUUGAUGGUGACGACGCAGUACGGGGGGUCGACGAGAGGUCGCCGUUGCUGCCGAAUGCUCGACGCGAAUCGAGCUCUUCAGGUGAGAGCUCCUUGACGUCGUCAUCGAGCGGGGACUCGGGCGGCCAGUUCGUGCCAUGGCAUCUCACACCUGCGGCAGUGGUCGAUGGUGCAUGUGACGAUGUCGAACGAGUGGCGCCCGCCGCCACCGACGAUACCAAGCCGACAAGCAAAGGGUUACCGACGGCCGCCGUCAUCAAGAUCGUGGCGAUCCUGCUGGUUGGGACCUUUACCGCCAACGCUGAUAGCUCUUUGGUGAUGGCAACUCAUCCCACGAUUGCCUCGGAAUUCGACGACCUGGAGAACUCGAGUUGGCUCUUUGUCUCUUUUGCGCUUGCUGGCGCGGCAACACAGACUCUGAAACACCAGAAGCUGAUAGUGGAGCAGUAUGGAAAGCUCAGUGACAUCUACGGCCGUCGUGCCCUGCUCAUGGUGGCUUACGCACUGUUUUCCAUUGGAUGCUCACAGUUCCGCAGCGCCUUGGUCGGUGUCGGCCGUACAAUGUGGCAGGUGGUUGUAGGCCGAGUGAUAUCGGGAUCAGGCGGCUCGGCUUUGAACGUGCUUGGUCUGCUUCUGAUCACAGAUCUCGUCCCACUCCGCGAUGUGGCAGCCUGGCAAGCUGGUGUGAACCUCGCUUCGACGAUCGGUCGGAGUCUCGGCGGCCCCGUCGGAGGUUGGCUUGCUGACACCAUUGGAUGGCGUUGGUCUUUCCUUGGCCAAGCCCCCAUUUUCCUGGUUGCGGUUCUGUUAUGCUGGUUCUUUUUGCCGGAGGGAAAGCGCGUCGAAAAAGAAGAAGCGGCCCAAGAUGAGAGAGCAAAGCCAGAAGAAACGAAGAAGAGUGCCCUGGCGAGAAUCGACUUCUUGGGUGCCGCGCUGCUGGCACUGUUCAUCCUGACUUUCCUCCUUCCGAUCGAGAUUGGAGGCACCAAGGUCCCGUGGACACACCCUCUCAUCUUCGUCUUGUUCGGCGCGGCAGCUGUGCUCGGUGGCUUGUUUGCCGCAACCGAGGAAUGGUGGGCCGAGGAACCCAUCUUCCCACUCGAGCUAUUAAAGCAUCGCGACAUCGUCCUUACGUACAUCGUCUCGGGGGCCCAGAUUGCUGCUCAGCUAGGCCUCAUGUUCUCGGUACCGCUGUACUUUCAAGUCACUCAAAGAGUUUCGAACACGGUUGCUGGCGUCCAUCUCUUCCCGGCCGUCGCCGGCAACGCAAUUGGAGGUGUGCUUGCGGGAUAUCUCAUCAAGAAAACCGGACGUUACAAGACUCUUCUCAUCGCUGGAACGAUUUCGUCCUUGUUUUCGUAUGUCCUCCUGCUCCUCCGGUGGCACGGAGACACCAAUGUGUGGGAGUCGCUGUAUAUCGUGCCGGGCGGCUUCGGGGCCGGUCUCGUGCAGUCGGCAGGAUUCAUCAGCGUCCAGGCUGCGGUGAACCCAAAGCACAAGGCGGCCGUGACGUCGGGAAUGUUUCUGACGUUCCAGAUUGGCAUGAUCCUCGGGCUUGCGUCCAUGAGCGCGGUGAUGAUGGAGACGAUGAAGUGGAGGCUGAAUGCCCUGCUGGAGGCCAUGGACUUGGGAGCAGUGGCAAGGAAGAAGAUAAUCGAGAAAGCAAGAUCAAACGUCGACUUCAUCGACCACACAGACAGCGGGAUCGCGAAGGCGAUUGUCCAGUCGUACGUGGAGGGCUUGGGGUUUAGCCACGGUGUCUCACUCAUUUCGUCGACGAUUGGACUCUUUGCUUCCCUCUUUCUCAGAGAACAUAAGCUGUGA